AGAAUGGAAAUGCAAAGAGUUUGAUAGGGUUGGGGUAAUACGAUAAAGGCUAUCGGCAGCCAGCCAAACCCAUCCUUCUGCUCUUCAUUUUUGCUCUGCUGACUGCUGCCUAGGGUUUUAGUUCUCUAUUCUUCACCAAGAUGAAUGUAGAAAAGCUACGGAAAAUGGCCGGUUCGGUCAGGACUGGUGGUAAGGGAACCAUGCGAAGAAAGAAGAAGGCCGUUCACAAGACAACUACAACUGAUGACAAGAGACUUCAAAGCACCCUCAAAAGAAUAGGGGUGAAUGCUAUUCCUGCUAUUGAAGAGGUUAACAUUUUUAAGGAGGAUGUAGUUAUACAAUUCAUUAACCCCAAAGUUCAAGCCUCUAUUGCUGCAAACACUUGGGUUGUUAGUGGUUCCCCUCAGACCAAGAAGUUGCAGGAUAUUCUUCCUCAAAUUAUUCACCAGUUGGGCCCUGAUAAUUUGGAGAAUUUGAAGAAGCUAGCGGAGCAGUUCCAGAAGCAGGCACCUACCGGUGCGCCUGAAGGUGCUGCUGCAGCACAGGAUGAUGAUGAUGAUGAGGUGCCGGAACUCGUGGCUGGCCAAACCUUUGAAGCAGCCGCUGCAGAGGAGGGUCACACUUCCUAAAAUUCUAAUUGGAUUUUGUAUCCAUCUCAACGUUUUGAGAUCCGUUUAAUUUAGUUGAGUGUUCUAUUUGAUUUUGAUUGUGACAUCUAAAAAAUUCAUCAAAAUGGUUUUUCUAGUAAGCUACUUUGCCCUUCUAAUC